AGGUUCAGUGAUUCUUGGAAAAUUUACGCAUUUACGCGUUUUCCAUUGCUGUUUAAUCAGUUUUUGUCGAUUUCUAUCCACUAAAGCAGCCAUCAUUAGUGGCAUCAAGGUGCAGUACGUGGGAUAAUGAGUUUGGCUGACCCAUGGAGCAGCGGCAGUAGCGAUUCCAACAACGACGCAGCAGCUCCUUCCCUACAGUUUGAAGAUAAUUUUGAACCCUCCGCUACGGGAGUUAGCGUUCCCGGUGCCAGCAGCAGCGAUAUUCAACAGCCUCGGGACGGCCGUCUUCCAGAUUCCGACAGCUACCUGGCAGUAUUAGAACGUAGGUUGAGGAGAAUUAAAACGAAUCCUACUGUCCUGCAGCAGUUGGUUGAACGACGUGAAGCUUGUAUGCAGCAUUUGCUGAACGACAGCAGCAUCGCUAUACGUGGAGAUUCCGAACUAGCUCUGGACGAACCGGUCAACCAUCACGAACUAUUGCGGUUUAUCCGACCCGAACAGGCGUUGUCCGUGGCGGAACUGGUGCACAUCGUCAAGUACGAUCAUCUCGAGCAGGAACCGACUGAGUCAGAUCAACUGCAGGACUCCGGCAAGGAGGGAGAAGAAAGCGGAACCGAAAGCUCAACCAGUCGCUAGUAAUUAGUGCGGAAGGUAGGUCAGCAGCAGCAUGUCCUCCACUACGAAAAUUGACCUUAACCAGGUCUCCUACCUGCUAAUUACCGGCGCGUCCCG